AUGAAUUCAACAGACUGCUUUGCUGAUUCCUCCAUCAUAUCAGGCAUUCGCACCAACAACUGGACUAUAGCUUACUUAAGUCUAUGCCUUUCUUGCAGCAUCUGGCAGAUUCUAAGCUCGCUUCAGCUUGCUUGGGUCGCUCGCAAACCUGUCCAUGCCGUGGUCCUCUUUCAGUCAACUAUAUCCUUUCUGUCUAUCCUUUUUAGCUUAUUGAAUCCUCUGACAAUGCUAAACUGUGAUGCUCGUUACUGGGUCUCCAUCGUUACAGUCAAUCUUGGAGGCAUCUGCAUUCAAUCAGUCCUACUUUACAAGGCAUAUGUCUGUAACGAAAGAGCUAGGUGGCUUCUGGGCAUUGGUGCACUAGCACAAUGUGGAUAUAUUGUUCUCAUGGUAUUAGAUGCAACAAGUGGAAGAGUAACAAGCACUCAAGAUCCCAUUACAGGAAUGUGCUCAAAUGGUGGCCUGCGCUUGCAAAAAUCGGCGUGGACAUUCUCAGCAACGCUAUUCUCUCAUUUGCUUUCUUGCGAGUGGAUUGGUGUCAUUCUCUCAAACUUGAUAGUAGGGAUUCUCAUUGCCUCUCGAGUAACUGGAGGUCUCUCUGCCGACUUGUAUGCCUUUGACUGGAUUGUUACUUCAUACCUUUUGAUCAAGCAAUUUAGACGCGACCAUAAACGACCUGAAUCAAGACCCAACUCCUACCCUGUGCCGCAGUUCAGUUAUCAAACUAGUGAGGACUUGCCGAUGACAAGUGGACAUGUCGUUCCUUAUAUCAGUGAAAUGACCAUGACUCCACUAUGUGCUCAGUGUGAAAAGAACAUUCAACACGCUAGGUAG